AUGGCUUCUCCUGGCAGUCAGCUCCUGUCGCCACCUGCUGCAUUUCCCAAGGGCGAUGCUGGCGAGAUGGACUUGGACGUUUCUGUGGACUGGCUCGGGGUUGUUUUGCACAAGCACCGCGAGGCCAUGGAAGGCGUCCGCUCCCAGCAGGCCAGCGUCAUUGAGGCGCUAUCGCACAUGGAGGAGACGUGGUCACAGUCAGAGACAGUGCUGCAAGGACUGGUUGGUCGUCUCGGGAACGCUCCUGGCAACUCUGAGGAUGCAGCCCUGCCACUCGGGGAAGUCCAGUUGCAGGAGGCAGAUUCGGCGCCGCAAGCCGCGGAGAACUUGGACAAGCGUCGUGACAGCCGCAUCGAGAGAAACCCCGAGAUUCACCGGCUGCUCGAGAAGAUCAAGCAGCAGGACUCCCGGUCACAUUCGCAGCUUGUUCCGCCAGACGCAGAUCAAGGUUCCUGGCAACGGCUCCAUCUCCACUGCAAGCGUUUCGUGGAAACUGUCUGGUUCGAAUGCUUCAUCUCCGUGGUGAUUGUCUUGAACUCCGCACUCAUAGGUGUGGAAACUCAGAUGAGUUUGAACGGCCACGACUUGGUCUGGGCAGACGAAGCCGAGGUCGUUUUUCUCGUCAUCUAUAUCUCGGAAAUUCUUCUCCGGUGCAUUGCCGAGAAGUGGAGCUGUCUGUUUGAUUGGUGGUUUCUAUUUGAUUUUACACUGGUGCUCAGCGCAUGCGUGGAGCAAGUCGCGUAUGUCUUUACAGGAUCGUCGGCGGACCAGAUCAUGAUUCUGCGGCUCUUGCGCUUAAUCCGUUUGGUCCGUAGCUUCCGCAUGAUCAAGCAGAUCAAAUCGAUUUGGCGGCUUGUGUACGGGCUGCUCACUUGCGGCCAGACUAUGUUCUCCACCUUUGCUUUGCUCUCCUUGGUCAUCUAUGUCUUCGGAGUGCUAGGUGUCGAGGUCAUAUCGAACAACACGGAGCUCCAGAGCAACUCCGCCACUGCCCACAUCAUCACAAAUCACUUUGCCUCCCUCGGCAUGACCAUGAUGACGCUGUUACAGUUCGUCACCAUGGACUCGAUUGCUCCAGUUUACACGCCCCUAGCCCUUGAGCAGCCACUACUGCUGCUCUAUUUCCUACCCCUCGGGGCCAUCGUGUCCAUCUCGCUUAUGAACUUGAUCACGGCCGUCCUCGUGGAGGGCGCUCUGGAACAUGCUCGACAAGACCGUGAAGAGGAGCGCAAGAUGGAGAGCAUCACCACGAAACACAUGCUCCCGGAGAUAGUGGGCCUCUUCGACAAAAUCGACACGGACGGUAGUGGCGAGAUUCACAUCGAGGAGAUGGUGAAGUUUGACAAGCCGGGAAACGAAGGAGGCAUCAAUCGUAGGAUCCUGGACCGUGCGUCCGUGGACAGCAUGGAGGAGCUUUUCAAGAUUUUGGACGUAGACAGCUCCGGAUUAAUUUCCCGGGCGGAGUUCGAGGAGCCUCUGGGAGGGAACCAAGAGGGAUUCAGCAUUGCGGAAGAGAGCCCUCCCUCCAGCAUCGGCAUUCUCCGAAGAGAGGUGCCGGAGGAGACCACUGGCACUACGGUGAUCCGCUUGGAUGGCGCUGGGAAGAACACGGGCAACGAGGAUGACCUCCAUGGAAUCGCCGACUCGCAGCCGGUGGUACUCGUGAUGCAGACCUGUAGCCACGAUGCGCCGUACGGGGAGCAUUUCCGAGUGCAGGAAACCCUCCGAUUUGUGCGCGCAGAUCGCGGCGUUGAGCUGCAAAGGUGGGUGGAGGUGAUCUGGGUGAAGUCUUUGCCGUGGGCGCUGGGGGCGCUCCGCCGCAUCAUCGAGACGAAGACAGUGACUGGUGCCGAGGAGGCACAGCCGGACAUCGUCCGCAUCAUCAAAGAGGCCGUUGACAACGUCGGCAAGUCGUGA